GGAGUCUGCAAACUUUCAGUUCGAGGGCAUUGUGGGAAGCAGCCCUGGUCCGAGGCAGAUGCCUCACCUGUCAGCCGCGCCGGCUCCUGCACUUGGCUCUCGCCACUCGGCACUCGUCAGGCUGGGGCGGAGGCGGCCCGGUCACCAUGUUCUGGAGGCUGGAAGUCCAACAUCCAGGUUUCAGCAGAGCUGCGUCCUUCCCGGGCCUCUGAGAAUCUGCCCCGUGCUUUUCUCCCAGCUCUGGGGUUUUGCUGGCCACCUUGGGCAUUCCUCAGCUGUGCCCUCAUCUUCACAGGGUGUUGUCGAUAUACAUUUCAUAUUGCUUUUCAGUCGACAAGGGAAAUUACGGCUGCAGAAAUGGUACACAACUCUCUCUGACAAGGAAAGGAAGAAGAUCACCCGGGAGAUUGUUCAGAUUGUGCUCUCUCGUGGUCAGAGGAUGAGCAGUUUUAUCGACUGGAAGGAACUAAAACUUGUUUAUAAAAGGUAUGCUAGCUUAUACUUUUGCUGUGCAGUAGAAAGUCAGGACAAUGAGCUCUUGACACUAGAGAUUGUGCAUCGUUAUGUGGAGUUGCUGGACAAGUACUUUGGAAAUGUCUGUGAGCUGGAUAUUAUCUUUAACUUUGAAAAGGCUUAUUUUAUCCUGGAUGAAUUUAUAAUAGGUGGAGAAAUUCAGGAAACGUCCAAGAAAUCUGCUGUCAAAGCCAUUGAAGAUUCUGAUAUGUUACAGGAGACCCUGGAAGAGUACAUGAACAAGCCGACGUUCUGACUGCACCUUCUUGAAGUCUCUGAGCGCUGCGUGCUCUGGCCUUGCAAAGAAGCAGCGCCCGCCUCCAGUCAUUGGACAGAGCCUCCAGCACCAUGCCAAAAAUAACUUAAAAGGGAUUUUUUGUUAACUAGCAAAAUUGAAAGUUGUUUAACAUAUUUAUCAUUAUUACAUGCCUGUAUUAUACUGUAUAUGACUUAUUGUCGUUCUGGAUGUUCACAUAACAGCCUCAUGAUUCAGUAGAUUUGAACAUUUGUUUGCAAUGUGCUAACUCCAUGUAAUUUUCUAAGCUAAUUUAAAUACAUUUAUUGUAGUAUGUUUUUUUGCUGCAUUUGGUCCUCUACUGACAGGCUGAGAACUGUAUUAUAAUAAUCCGUGCUUUAGAAUGUAAAGUAGCAAUACUUUUUCUAAAGGUUUAGCUUUUAAAAUUAUCUGAUUGAUCAUUCAAAAUUAUGUUAAUAGUUCAGAGUUCAUAUGUAACGCUAGACAUUUUUUAAAAAUAUAUGAUUUUAUUGAUUUUAGAGAGAGAAGAAGGGAGAGGGGGAGAGAGAGAGAGAAACAUUGAUUGACUGCCUCCUGCAUGGCCCCCACAGGGGAUCGAGUCCCCAACCCAGGCACUGAGCCUCCAACUGGGGCAUGUGAUCUGACUGGGAAUAAAAAUGGCAACCUUUUGGAGCACGGGAUGAUGCCCAACAAACUGAACCCUACCGGCCAGGGCCAUGCUGGACAUUUUAAAUACACUUGAAAAUAAUGAAAUUUCAGUCCAGAUACAAUGUAUCUGAUCUUAAUGUCCUGAAUUUAUUUAUUUUUCAGGGUUGGAAUGAAGGAAGAGAACCAAAGAUAGUAUAAGAACCAAAGAUAGUUGUGUUUUUGAGGCCUUGGAAGCUGCUCUCUUGACUGAGAUUUUAAUUUUACCUUUUAAUUUAAUAUAAGGGACAGUAUAAUGAGGUCAUGUUUUCUACAGACUCUAUAUAUUGAUUAAGGUUUUAGACAUCUGGAGAUAUAGUGUCUAUAACUUAUUUCCCUUAUUAUAAAAAUAGUAUAAUAGAGGUAAAUAACAAGAGUAAUAAUUGUUAUUAUUACUAUUUUAAUAAUCUUUAUGUUACAAAGCACUCUUAGUUGCUGGAGAGAUUUUGUUUUAACUAUGUUUUAAGGUAUUUUUAAGAUAUUUGAAGACUUACUGUUUAUUAGGCUUACUUAGGGCAUUUAAUACAGGGCAGGAAAAGUAGGUUUACAGUUGUUCAUAUGGAAAAUGAUACGAUUAUAAUAAUAAAAGCGUAAUAUGCUAAUUAGACCUGAUGGCCAAACAGCGGAAUGACCAUCCAGACAACCUUCCAGAGGAAGCCUGGGGUUGUGAGGGCCGAGCCCCUUGAAUUUUGUGCAUCAGGCCUCUAGUUAAUAAAUGAUAAUAAAGUAAUGAACUCACAACUGUAACCCUACUUUUGCCCCACCCCGUAUUAUUGCUGUAUGGUAGAUGCCUUUUCUCCUCUUUUCUUUCCUCACCCCUGAAGAAAAUAUUUGCUGCCGACCAUUAUUAUUGUGAAUAUGUCACAUCCAUGCUUCCUGGAAUGAAAGUUCUAUAUAACCAGGUAGUGAAUGUGAUCAGACCUUGUAUGGAAAUAGCUCGCAAUGCUUUUAUCUUAGUGCCCACUUCUGAUGUCUUACCUGUGCAUUUUCAAUGUUAGUGCUGAGGUAUGGUAUCAUUCACACUGGAGUGGGUAGGGAGUGCUUUUUCUAAGAGUGUGCCUGCUAUUGGAUCCUCCAGGAGAUCCCAUAGGGUAGACCUCUAGAGACCGUGAGGGAAAAAUGUUCUCAUUGAGUAAUCUUGGCAGAGAUAUUUAGGGAAGAAUGGCAAGGCAGCAGUACAGAAGGAAAAAUGGACCAGUUCCUCAAUAUAACUAUCAUUAAAUGGAAAUAACUCAGAUUAGCGUACGAAGUAAUUAUUGGGCUUUCAAUAUCUAACAUUUCCUCAAUUAAUCAUGUAAUUAUAAUGAUGGCAUCAGAUUGAAGUUUAACUAUCACUUGUGAUCACUUUGUUUACCUAAGUUCUUCAGUUUGUGGUUUAGCUUUCGUUGUUAUUAUUUGGUGGAACCCUAUUUUUUAAAAAAAAGUCUUGUAAGAUGGGCUUUGAACCUCAUUUUUACAUACAUGGACAAAGUCCCGUAUCACCUUCAGUAGGGCCACUGCCCAGAAUUUCUGUUCCAUAAAAUACAGAUUAGAGACCACCUAGCUAUAGACGGGGCUCCUCAGGCUUCAUGUCAGCAUCACACCUAGAAAAUGAACAACAAUAUGGCACGCUGGGGUAAAUUUGAGGGACUUUGGAGACAUCUUACAUGAGCCUUGGUGAAAAUAAUCAUUAUGUUUUCUUUGUAUUGUAUAAUUAUAAUAAAACUACCAAGUGAAAGAAAAGAUAAUAAAUACUAAAUUUUAUAAAACGUCCAAAUAAAAUGUUUUUUUAAAAUUUUAAGUGAGGAACAUGAGUGUGCUUUUAGGAGUAAAUUUUUUAGAAAAAUCAGAUUUCAUGCUUGACAUGAAAAUUCCUGGUCAAGUCCUUUUAAUUUUCUUGGUGCUUAUCAUCAAGGAGAAACCCCACAAGUAGGUGACAGCAAAUGAGGGAAGAGUAUUUACUGCUUUGUUCCUGUUGACUUCUUUCUUACCACCACCCACAUUUUGAUAAUCUAAUCUCUUUACCCAUAGUUAAUGAAGCAGAUCAUUCUUUAAAACUAGUAACCCCUUUUAUUUUAUUAACUUAUGUAAGGUUGGAAUUUAUUGUGAUAAAGCAAAUUAACUUUUAAUUUAUUCAAACUAUUUUUUUCCAUACCAAAUUUCCUAAAAUAAUGAUACAACUUUUCUUCAGACAUACAUAGAUGUUCUUCUGAACCUAUAAUUCUUCUUUAGAACUCACAUGAUAAUUCCCAUGAAACAUCACCGGUGAACUGUGUUUAACUUUACUUUUUGGGAAAUGCUAAUACAUUGUUUUCACAUGGUUCCCACAAUUUUGGAUUAAAUUCAAUCAGAUGCUCUGGAAUGUAAGUAAAGCAAGCCAAUGACUAUUUACAGUAACUUGCAAAAUGAGGGUCAUUAAUUUUUUUCUUCAAUUUUUAUUUAAUUCUUGACCAACUUGAAAAACUCUAUCCAUAGACAAUGUACUUUGGUAUUAAACAAUGAUAAUCUAUUUUGUCAAGUAAAGCAAAAAACAGGACUGUAACAGUAGGGCUGUAUUCGAUUCACCUUUUGGUAAUACUACUGUUAUCAGUGGAAGUGGAAUUCUUGGGGUGCCAUAAGGAAAAAAAUUUCCUGAGGCACCCACAGAAGAAUGGGGUUUUGUGGAAAGCUUUAUUGAUGAUGUAAUAUUAAGAGGACCUCCAAGGUCCCAUCUCUGUCCACCUCGCCAUGGACAAAGUCUAAACUUGUCUUCAGUAGGGCCAGAAUUAAGGCCAUUGCCCAGAAUUUCUGUUCCAUAUUAGAAUUCAGUCCAGUCCAGUCCAGCAUCCUGUGUGCGGAGUCAGCGUGGCCAUGGGCCAUGCGGCUACUAAGGACACAUGGCUAUGAAGAGAGAACAGGCAAGUACAUGGGUGAGUAUGGGUUGUGGAGCAAGAGAAAGCAAGAGCAAACAAGAGGAAAGAGAGCAUGAAAACUCAUUAGUCUGGGGAUUUUAACCCGAAAAUUUCUUCAAACUAACCAAUUAACUCAAGAGUUCGCAUACUUUUGAUGGGGUCCACCCCCUAGCCAAUCCAUCGUUCCCUAGGCUAAACUGACAGGCAAGCACCUUCUGUGUGUCACCUGGACUUCACCCAUCUCCCCCCUUUGUUCAGUCCCUCCCCCCAGUGGUCUGCAGGGAAUGGAUCCAUGGUUCCUUAAGGAGUGUGAAGCUGUGCUUCCUGGUGAAGCUGCCCAGAUGACCAUGCUUACAAUGUCUGGCCUCUCCUUUGCUCUCUUUCCUUUAUUAAUAUUAACUAGCUAAUUUCAAGGAAACAUUUAAUAUAGAAUUUAGGCCUACAGAUGAACUUUUAUUUUUGUCAAAUUCUUUGUGAGUAAACUCAGAUAUUAACUAAAUCUCAACGUCUCCACCUUGCAUUUCUGCUAUCAGUACUAACUUACGUAGUGUUUCCAUCAUAACUUAAUCGUUUCGAAGUGUUCAUUUGCUAUUUUGUCAACCAGCUUGUUUUGCUACUUUACAGAAUAGAUAAGGUUUUAAACAUUUCUCCUUAGCAUAGUUCCUAACAAGGGUAGAUUAAUCAGAGAUGAUACAGUUAUGAUUUAACUGUCCUCUAGAUUAGAAUUAUCUUCAUGGUAUUGACAUGACCCCUAUCUGUUUACUAAUAAUAUUAUUCCAAAGUGGCGCCUUUUCUCUUUCCUUUGGAAAUGUUGAGAGUGUCCAUGGAGGCUGGUAAAAUGAGCAACUCCAAUUGUGUGACUUAUGGGGCCUUUGCUUUAUUAGCAGGACCUCAGGAGCUACAUCCACUAGGUUUAUGAGCUACACCCGACAUGGUUGUAUAACUAACUUAUAAGAGAACUUUGAUUCAUAUUUUAUACUUGCAGAUGUUUGCAAUGUUCAUUAAUCCUGUGUGUAAAAUGGAUGUUUAGUAGAAAGAUGUCAGCAUAAUUUACCUGAUAAUAUUUUGAAGUAAAUAAAACGUUUAGGCUGGGGGAAAGAAAGAAUUAUGAGAACACUUGGUUCCAAAUGUGAGAUAACCCUCAUACGGUUUCAAUGGUGACUUAAACUUUAAGAAAAAUAUUUUUUGGAGGGGAAGAAAUCUUUUGAAUUUUUGAAGCCUCCAGUUUUAAUAAAAUGUUUCUAUUAUGGUGGGAAAAUAUCUGUAAAAUUUAAGAUUACAUAAAUGUGAAGAAUAAAGAACUAAUAUGGUUGUAAAAAGGGGCUUGUGGUUAAAAAUUGUUUCAAAAAUAAUUUGGGUCAUUUGGAAUUUUUAGAAUGUUACAAAAGUAAAUUUAAAAAUUAAGUAUAGUGAAGAAUAAUUUUGAAAAUAAUGCAGUCAAAGUUUGAAAGUAUUAAAAUACAUAUUUUUAUUACUAAAACAAACUUUUAAAAAGUCAAA